UCACCGGCCGUCGCCGACUAAGGCCGUGCUUUUGCGUUCGUAACACGCAAAAAAAAAAAAAAAAAACAUAAAAAAAUACCCUCCAAACACGGUCAGUUUAUUAAAACCUCCCCCCCCCCUCCCUCUUGUGCACUAGUGACCUCUACCCUUCCACAUCCAAUUUUCUCUCAUUUCUUUUUUUAAAAAGAUUCUCUUUUUGCACAACUGUUCAUGUAUACCUUCCUACCCCUCUCUGAUCUCCUUCUCUCUAAAAGUCCAAGACGGUCACCGCGAUCUUAAUUUAUAAAUUUUUGUUUUUCAAAUUAAAAAAAAUAAAAAAAUCGUGCAAUAAUUGUUGUGUUGAAAAAUGUGUUUUUGCUUCUCACGUGCAAUAUAAUUAUAGUAGGAAUUUGGUGAUGUAGUGAUUGUGGUGUGAUAUUUUAUAUGAGAUUUUUUUUUGUUAUUUCGAAAAAAAUAUAUAUGCAAGUUAUGUUUGUGAGGUGUUUGAACUUUGUAGAAAUGAUGAUAAUAAGGAUCAGAUGGAAAAUAGUCCGAGUGAUAUGAGGAUGUGAGUGAGGAUUGCACAGCUGAUUUUUCAAAGGAGUUGCUUUAUUUUUUGGGAAAUUUCGAUAAUUUAUACAUAUGUGUAAAAAGCUUUGGAUGUUCGUCUGUGUGCUUCUCGUUUUCGCGCCAACGUGAUUCCAUCGCGCGCUAAAAGAGGAUCUCUCUCGCUCUUGCUCUCUCUCUUCCCACGUGUCCUUUAUUGUGAUUGCAAGUUUCUAAACGUCUAUACAGAGGGGUUACCGAAGUCGAAGGGAGCUUUUUUUCAAGAGUUUGCUCAAAUCUUUGCGAGGGAGAGAAAUUUGAUUAAACACACCCCCCCCAAUUCGGUGUGGGUAGAAAAAAGGAAGAAAAAAUCUGGGUCAAAAUUGCGUGCAUGGAAAAAUCGAAGAUCAAAAGGAGGCGAAUAACGAGGAGCGGUGAAAGGCAAAGAUAGGCAAGGUGGCUCCUCGAAAAUUAAAGAACAAACGACGAAGAGAGAAAUAUGUCGAGCGUCGCGGAGAGUCCUGACGGGAUGGCAUUACAGUCACACUAUUCCCUCCGAUGGAACAAUCAUCAAGCCCACAUAUUGCAAGCCUUUGAAGCGCUACUCCAUGCGGAAAUUCUCGUCGACGUCACCCUAGUAUGUUCAGAAACCAGUCUAAGGGCGCACAAAGUCGUCCUCAGUGCCUGCAGCCCCUUCUUCGAGAGGAUAUUCGCCGAGCAUCCCUGUAAGCAUCCGGUAAUAGUGUUAAAGGAUUUUCCGGGCCGCGAGGUCGCAGCCCUAAUCGACUUUAUGUAUCGCGGUGAAGUUCGAGUGGGUCGUGAAGAAUUGCCGGGUCUAAUGAGAGCGGCAGAGAGUUUACAAGUACGAGGUCUCGCUUCAUCCGAGCCAAGACCAGCAAGUCCCCCGGAAACACCGACCACGGACAUCCUGAUGGGUGAACCAUCGACGCCCGAAGGAGCCCGACAAGGCACACCCGAGGAGGACGACAAUGUUUCCGAAAGCCCAGCGACACCAAGUCGUGAGGUCUUCACCAGGGACCACAGAUUACCUCACAUGAGCCACCUCAACUUCAGUCUCAGAGAGCUUCGUGACACCUGUGGUUCCCUCCUCAUGCCAAGACGAAAGCAAGCCCGACCAAGAAGAAGGUCCGGCGAGCUGGUCCCUCAGGAUCUCAGUCGACCUCAUCCACCAGCCAGUCUCAGUCCACCGCCCAGUGGCCUAAAUCUUAUCAAUACUCAACAUCAUCAGUCCAGCCAGGAAGACAUGGCCGAGAACCUCUCCAUGAAGCGAUCCCUCUCCCCGCCCGGCAUCAGCGAGCAGAACAUCAAGACCGAAAGUGAGGACGCCAGCAGCCCAAGAGGCUCACCCCUAACCGGCGCCAGUCUCCACGCCGAAGGCUCCCUCCCCGACCUGCCACCGAGUCUUCCCACCAUUUCCGCUCUCUCCCUAACUCCGCCGCACCAUCAGAGCGAGUACCUCACCAGCCUCGGCCAACUCGCCGCCCAGUGGAUCCCCAACCACCCCCACGGACACCAUCCCCGAGAAGACAGUCCCCACAACAUACCUCAUCCCUUUCAAGACUCGCCCCUCGCGCCCAGAAGAUCAGUCGCCGUCUUCCCCAUGGACAGCGUCCCACCUCUCGGCGGCGCCGCGGGUCUCUUCCCCCACGGCGGCAGUCUCGACCGAGGCUCCCUCCUCGCCGACCUCCACGACAGCUUCAAACCCGAGACCCUCCACGGCCUCUUCGGCGGCGCCAGUCUCGGCCACCACCCCAGCAAGAAAUCCAAGAAGCACCGCGGCGACAACGACGGACCAAGAAGAUGGAGCGACCACGGCCGCGGCCUCCCAGUCGGCAGACCCAAGGGCCAGCACAGCGCCCCCCGAGGCGGACCACCACGAUCCUGGACCAACGCCGAACUCACCGAGGCCCUUCAGCACGUGUGGAACAAAAAAAUGACCACCUCCCAGGCGAGUCGAAUAUUCGGCAUUCCAUACAACAGCCUCCUAAUGUACGUCCGAGGGAAGUACGGCAAGAGUCUCAAGCUAGAACAACUCAGGAGGGACUGCACCGGCGCCACCACCGGCGAAGUAAUGAACUCCCUCAACAACAACGUCAAGGCUGCCGUCCAACCACCCCAAAUGCCCCAUCCCCUAACCGGCCUACCCCAUCCAGCCGACGACAAUCCAUUCCCCCAUCAUCCACUCCUAGGUGGUCAAAUACCCCAAGGCUUCUUCCCCGACUUCAGCGCUGCCUUCCCAGUACCAGUCAACAUGGUCCACCUUCUACCACCCAGCGAACAAAAAUCCUUCGAACAACAAACAAAUCCAAAUUGCGCCAACAGCGCCACUAGUGAAUUAACCAGAAGUAGAUCCCCAUCGCCAAUUGCUCCCAAUCACGACACCAUUCCCCAACCACCACAAUCGGCACCUGCACUUCUUCAACAAAAUGGCUCCAACUAGAUCUUGAAGGAACAUCUUCAAACUAAAUCUUGAAAGGAAGAUCGUCAAAGUGGAUUUUGAAGGAAGACAAAACCAAAUAUCAAAUUUUUUUCCAAGACUGGACACAAAAAAGACGAGAAUGGGAAGAUAAAUCGAAUCAUAAAAACCGCACGAGGCUACAAGACUACUCUCAUCGUCAUCCCGGAAUGCUACUCCUCACAAGACUGAAUCAUCAGCAGGGUAAAGUGGACGAUAUUAUACGUUUACUCUGCAUUUAUAUUAACUAAACGUUCACGUAUUCAUGCUUUUUUUUAUAUACAUAUAUAUAUAUAUGAAAAAAAUAUAGAAGAAAAAAUAAUUUUCAAGGCCAGCCCCCCCCCCCCACAUACAAGCCGCAAUUUAUGAUUUCGUUUCUUAAUGACCCAUUAAUUUUCUCUGUCGACUGCUAAAAGAAUACACGAAUCCAAAAUGUCAGAGAAAGAAAAAAAAGCAGCUUGUAGAGCAAAUUUAGUAGAAAAUUAUUAUUUAAAAAAAAAGAAGUUGUUUCAGGGCAUUUUGAAUCAGGCAAAACUUCAAUUGAUUAAUAUUUCCACCAAUUUUCUUUAAAAAAAAACAUAAAAUAAUCCCCUUAAUUGGUAUAGAAUUGUUUUUUUUGGUCGCCGUUUCUAAAUCAUUGGUCAGAAUUAAAUAAUUAAAAAUGGCGAUAAAAAUUUAAAAGUUAACGGAAAUUGUCUGAAAAGCUCACUGAAUCCAAAUCUUUGAUCAAAAUUAAAAAAUUCAAUCUGACGGCUUCAAAAUGACCAGAUUUGAAAACUUUUAAAUUUUUCGGUCGCCAUUUUGGAGCCACCAUUUUGAAUUUUUUUUUAAUUCUGACCAAAGAUUCGGAUUUGAGCUCAAAAAUUUAAAUAGUCUUCAGAAUUUUGUUUCAAACGUAAACGCAUGAAUCUCUAUAACGCAUUUUAUUCAAAAAUUUCCCUUAAAUAUUAUUUUUCGCACUAAAUGAAUAAAUAUAAAUAUUUUUUAAG